UGUGGGAUGGGCGACGACCGGCGCCGGCUCGAGGAGUCUGUCGGGUACGUCGUCUGCGGCAUCAACGGCUGCUGCCUGCCGGACCGGCACGCGGGAGACUGCAUCUUCGAGUUUGCUGCCUCUCGCUGCCGCCGCCGGUCGGCUGCUCCUGCUCCCGCGCCGGCGCCAGUGAAGCGGCGUCGGUCCUCCACUGCCGCGUCGGCUGCGAAUCCCUCGCCGCCGGCCCGGCGCGGGAAGGCGCCGCUCGCCGCCUCCGAGGCGGCCCUGUGCAGCAAGCUGGAGCGGUGCAGAGCAGCUCUCGGUGGCGCCGCCCUCGCCGCCGGCGAGGCAGCUCUGUGCGAGGUGCUCGAGAUGGCGCGUCGCGCGGUGCCCGACGCGGGCCUCGCAGGCGGCCUCCGCGCGCUGCUGCUGCUCGGCCCGGUGCAGGCGCAGCUGCUGCAGGCGGUCGAGGCUGCCACCGCGGCCCUGUCGCUCGACCCUCCGUUGCGGGCGGGUCCGCAGCUGACGAGCGGCGUCAGCCAGGUCCUGGCCUUGCCUGACGCGGCGCUCGACCCUUCCGCUCGCGCCGGCCUCGCACACCUUCACGCUCGGCUCGGCGCGGCGGCAGAGCAGGCGGCAGAGCAGGCGCGGGCGCAGCAGCCCGCGAGCGACGAGUCCGCCUCCUCCGACGGCGACCAGGGACCUGCACUGGCGUGCGACCGCUCGGCGAGCUCCCUGCCUCUCGGCUGGGGCAGCGAAGAGACGGCCAGCUACAAGGUGCAGGGCUACAAGGUGCAGGGCGGCGGCCGCAGGUCCCGGCAAGGCCGCGGCGGGUCUGAUCCGCCCGUCGACACCUUCGCCUUCCCUGCCUCCUUCCCCGCCUCCCUCUCCGCCUCCUUUUCCGCCUCCCUGCCCGCCUUUGCCUGCCUUCCGGCGGCCGAGCCGGCGCUCAUCUCCCUCUCGGGGCUUGAGGAGGGGCUUGAGGAGCCGGACCUCGACGACGCCGACAUCGCCGCCCGCAUGAUGGGCGCCGCCGCAGCCCUCUUUGGCGGGCUGAGCGAGUCGUCCCAGGGCCAGCCGCCGAGCGAGGCGGACACGUGAUGUGCUCCUGCGCCCCAUGGCCGAGAGUGGCCGUCCUUGGAGCCUCAGUGAAGGCUGGCGGCGCGAGCGAGCCUAGAGAAAAUACAGUACGUUCAGCGCGCGGGAUACCGACAGGAGUGUUAUCUAUUUUGAGAUUUGAGUGUUGAGAGAGAGCGUCGAGUUAUACGCGCGCGCUCUUUACGUUUCGUGUGUGUGUGUGCGUGUGUCCGAUCGUGUGUGUUGCUCGUUGCUGGUGAGUGGUGUGAUAUGGACGUCGCUCUAGCUA